CAAAAGUAUGACUUUAAUAGUUUAUGCUUGGUUAUCCAAUCCGUCCGGUUACAAUUAUCCGAUCUGUCCAGUUACAGUUACCCGACUCAUUUAGUUACAGUUACCCGACUCGUUCACUUACAAAUACCCAAUAAUCCGACCCAGUUCGAAUUCUAGUUAUAGUUACUCGAUCCGUCCAGUUACAGUUAUUUGAUCCAUCUAGUUACAGCUACCCGAUCCGUCCAGUUACAGUUACCCCGACCCCGUCCAAGUACAGUUACUCGAUCCGUCCAUUUAUAGUUACCCGAUCCGUCCGGUUACAAUUAUCCGAUCCGUUCAGUUACAGUUACCCAAUCCGUCCAGUUACAAUUACGCGAUCCGUCCAGUUACAGUUACUCGACCCCGUCCAAUCAUAGUUACCCGACUCGUCCAGUUACAUGUAUCUGACUCGUCCAGUUAAAGUUACCCGAUUCGUUCACUUACCACUACCCAAUUACCCGACCCGGUUCAAUAGUGAUCACCGCUAGCCGCCGCCGAUAACCACUUAUGACCACCACUCCCAGUCGGCGCCGCCGGCAACAACCACCACCGGCAACCGCCACCAAUCCCGGCCACCGCCUCGUACCACCGAUCCGCUCCAACUCGACUCCCCAGCCCGCAACCCCAAUCCCUGUACAGUCACAGUCCACCAACGUCACCUGCCUCGUUACAACCCCAGAAACCUGGCGACUCCACCAGCCUUGCAACAGAUCCAGUGUCCAACAGCCCCGCCGUCUCCGACCACCAGCUCACAACCGCGUUCCAUCCCCAGCUGUCACAACCCCACCACCGCGCCACGCGGCCGCCACCACCCCGUCCCUAACCCUAAACACCAUUGUAGAUCCAAAUUUACAGAUUCAAAAUCCAGAUCUAAAUCUGAUGGUCGAAAAUGCUCCUUCGAUGAUCGACACGAAGAAGACAGUAGCCGAGCACCCAUACGAAGAUGAAGACAACCGUGCUCCACAUCUCCGGCAAAGCUAUUAUCGUGGCCCUACCGCCUCCAAAAAUCGGAGCAAAAAAAAAAAGGAAGAAGAAGUCGGCGGCGCGGCUAUUCUUCUGGAGCGACCAGGUGUUGCAGUGACUUGCAGAUGAGGAGCCACUGUGCGACUUUGAAGAAAGCCGAUAGGCAACGGCGAGAUCGAGAGUAGGUAUCGACGGCAGGAACGAUUAGAGGAGGAAGGAAGACUAAAUUGGGGUAAUUUGGCCACUUUAGAAACAAUUGGUCUCAGUUUUGUCCUAAAUAAAACUUGGUUCCACUUUUGUCCGUGGAAAAGUCUGGAGUAAUAGUUUUGAC